AUUGUGCUGUAACCCAAAUGGAAAGCAGUCCAAAUACACCAGUCAGUUGCGCCCGUUAAAAUAUAACGACGAAAAGCUUUACGGUGGCUCCAGUCGUAAAGCCGAGCCGUUUGUGAAUCUGACGAACUCCCUCCCAUGGCACAACAAGAAGAAGAAGAUCCUCACACACAGAGCUCCGAGAUUGGAGAAGAAGAAGAAGAAGAAGAAAACGACGCCCAAAUUGGGGAGCGAAAUGGAAAACGACAGAGUGUGGAAGACCGACAUGCGUUGCAGUUUCUGGAUUCAUUGGACGAUUAUCUCAUCCAAAUGAAUUCAUUGUCGGUGAUCCUCCGCCAGGGAUGGCUGGAAUUAGCGAGCGCUCGACAUUCCAUGGGUGCUUCGCGUGUGAAUGGUUCUAUGUUGAACUUGAAAUUCCACUCUGCUUCUACAUUGGUGCGAGUAACUCAAGAUGAUGAUGAUUCGGGAGUGGAGAAAGCAUGCUUUACAUUGAGCAAAUGGGCAUCCUUUGACAAUGGGAAAAAUGGCUUUGGGGAAGGAAAAUUCAGGGAGGAGAAGUCUGACGGCCCACAGCUGCGACAUCGGGGUGCAUCUCCAUUAUCUGAGAUUCCAGAGAAAACCUCCCCGGAAAAUGGAGCUUCACUUAUAGUUGAUGAUCAAGUCCAGAAGGAACGAUUAAAAUCACUCAGAAUAUUUGGCACUUUGGUUUCCCCAAAGCUUCGAACUGCCCAACUUUCAUUUGAGACAGCACUGGAGAAACUUGUAGAAAUUGCCAACACGCGUUCAACAUUGCUAUCUGCAUUCGAUCAAGUUAAGGACGAAUUAGAAGGCACCAAAGGUUGACCCCACCAAAAGAAGACUUCUAUCAAGCUUUGUAUUGCUAUCAAACUUAUGUACUCACUUUAACUUAUGAGCUCAAACAUAGGAGGUUUGGUGCUUAUUGACCUCCGAAUUUUUGCCACUGUAAAUGAUGCUAGCGAUAUGAGAAACCAUCUGAAUAAUCUAUCUUUAACAUUUGCCGAAUCUUUGCAUUGGCGAUUUGCCGGUCAGUUUUCAAUUUUUUCUUCUUAGACGUGCUUUUGAAUAUUGCCGUUGGCCCCUUUUUAUAACACAUGUUUUUGGUUUU